AUGGAAGAUAAGUGCUGGUCUGACAGAACAGAAUGGUGCCCAACAAGAGUGCAGUUGCUGCCAGCACUAGCAGAUGAAGCAGAUCUCAGUGAUUUAGGGUACACGAAUGAAAAUCUUUUUGAUGAAAAGGAGAGGGAGCCCCAUGACGAGUAUCUGAACAUGAAUGCAACCAAAGGGUCAAAUGGUGAAGAGGACUUUAUUGAGGAUAUGGCAAGAUAUACAAAGAACGAGACCGACUCCGAAAUGCAGGCCAACAACCCAAUUCUCAGGUUCAUGGUAAUGAGCAAUGAUAGACAAAGGAACCUAGAUCCAACUGUAAGUGAGGCCUUAUCUGGAGAAGACAGAAAACAUUGGGAAGAAGCAAUGUGUAAAGAGUUGGAUGGACUCAGAGCUAUGGGUACAUGGGAAAUCACCAACCUCCCAAAGGGGAUGAAUGCUGUUGACAUGCAUUGGGUCCUAAAAAUUAAGAUGGAUGCAGAUCUAAUCCCAACAAAAUUCAAGGCAAGAUUGGUAGCUCAAGGGUUCAUGCAAAGAGAGGGAAUUGAUUAUACAGAGGUGUUUGCACCUGUGGCACCUAUCCAAUCUAUCUGA